UUUUUCUUCCUUUUUAUUUUUUCCUUGCCAUUUUCAAACCUCAAAAAUCUCCACUCCCGCGUAGAACACGAUACGCUUCUCCUUCUUCCUCAAACUAAAAAUGGACGACUCAAUAGGCAAAUUCUGCAAAACCAUGGCCGUUUUCUGUAACAAUCUCGAAAACAGCUGCAACGCCCUCAAAGAGUCCGUGGAUCGUCGCCCCAUACCCCUUGAUUCAGCAUCGACGACCUUUGUACAAAGCCUAAACCAGAGAGUAAUGUCACUAAGCGGUGACCUCAAUGUGCUGGAGUCCAUGUCUUGUGGAACGGUGUCGUUCGAGGAGCUGCUGGGCCAUUGCAAUGAAGUUUUCAAGAAGAACCAAACUGAUCUUCUGUCCCUUCAGGACCGUCUCCAUAAUCUUGGCUACAUUGCUUCUGUCAAUCUUAUUGGUGAAGAUAGCGAAGGAGAAGAAGAGGACCCUAAUGUUUCAGAAGAUUUAUCUUAUGACUGCAGCUUAGACUUCAAGAAAAUUGAAGAUGAUCCUUUGCUGGAUGAUACUCUGAAUUUGCAGAACCUUGGUCUCUCUGAUGUUUGCCUAGCUACCAUAGCAUCUGAAGCAAAUACUAUAUAUGAGAAAGAGGGAUGCUAUCUAUCCACUGAAAAGAAACAGGAUAGUAGUGAUGGGAAAAUGAACGAGGAAUUGAAGUCAUCUGAAGAUAUUCAGUCACUGAUAACUGUGUCUGAAGAUGAUUAUGAAAACCUCCCCAAACAUAUGAAGAAUUUGGCUUCAUGGCAGGAGUUAGUUGUUGCUGUUGAGAAGAUGAACUCAUUCCUUGACACGAAAAGGACCAGGCCAUACUCCUUCCAGCAAGCUGAAAUUGUGGAAUUAGGAUUAGGGCAUAAAGCUAGAUCCUAUCUGCUGCUGCUCAUAAGACUGAGUCGAGUAAUAGUGGAGACAAGUGGUGGUUUGAUUUGUUAUAGAAUCUUAUAGUGUAGAAUGAGUGCAGAGAUAAAA